CCUGAACUAACGGUUUUCGCGUCGCUCCUCGAAUCUUGCGUUUUUCCCUGGUGUUUUCCGUGCCGUGCUUUUCCGAGUUGUGUGUCUUGUGUUGUAGUUCUUGAUAAGAGCAGAAUAAGACGCGAUAAGUAACGAAUCAUAGGGGUAGCAAGUGUGAGUGAAAAAUCAUCGAGCUGGUUGCAACGUAGAGAGCGACAACAGCAUCAGCAGCAGCAACAGCAGCAGCUGAUUCGCACAAAAAUAUCAAUCCUGACCUGGCGAGCCUCGGAAGAAGUGGCAAGGAGAAGAGGUGGCAAAUCGGGCGCCAGCUGAGAAAUCUCUCUUUUCCGCAUCUCCGCGGUGUGCUACGUGCGAGAUUUGGUGUGUCGCGUGCGUGAAUACUCGGACAGGCCAGCAGCAGCAACCCCCGUGCAUUGUGAAUACCUAACGAAGUAGGAUCCGCCGAGCGAUUGAUUUGCUUCGCGUCGUCAUCUGGGGGCACAGUGAAAGUUGAGUUAGUGGCCAUAACGCACUCCCCGCUCCUCGUACCAAGCGGCUUUGGUGCUGUGGGUUUUGUCCCGGAUCUAGCGGUACACCAAAAGUAAAUUUCACCCAACGCCGUUGUUAUCACGCAGUAGGCUGCGUUUAGUGUGGAAAUCUCCGAGGGGUAACGGAAUCACCAUCAUCACCACAGCGCACAAACCAAGCACCCAUGUUUGGCGAUAUUUCGGUGCUCCGUGGAUUCGUUGAUGGUGAUUAGGUGUGAUUAGGAGGCACACGAAGAGAAGAGGCUGCAGCGCCACGAACGGUCUCUUAUCCGCCUGGCAACGGCACGACGAUCAUGAGAUUGCCUCGUUGGACCACGCCACCAGCCAGUAGUACAUCGUAGAUAGAGGCGAAGACAACCGGAAAUCAUCACAGGAAGUAGCGCUUAGUCCGUCCUCAAAACAAGCGUCAAAAUUACGGCCAAACUGAACCUCUCGAUCCUGGCCACGAUGGAGCAGGACGAGGAAGAGGAGGUCCACGACAUACGGGAACAGAUGUUCCACAACACGGUUCGCGAGCAUAUCAUUUUCAUGUUACUAUUCCUGCUGCUUUACCUUGCAAGCUAUGCGCUGAUCAUGCGAUUCCGUCGACGCGAUCGUGCUGACUUGUAUUCGAACGAUGAAGAUGAAAUUACAGUUUACAGAAUAAGUCUGUGGUUAUGCACCUUCUCGUUGUCGGUAGCGGUUGGUGCGGCACUACUGCUCCCGAUUUCGAUCGCCAGCAACGAGGUACUGAUACUCUACCCGAACAGUUACUACGUGAAAUGGCUAAACAGCUCGCUCAUACAAGGUCUCUGGAACUAUGUGUUUCUGUUCUCCAAUCUGGCACUGUUUGUGCUGCUACCGUUCUCGUAUCUUUUCACCGAGUCGAGCGGCUUCAGCGGGCACAAGAAGGGCAUUAUGGCGCGUGUGUACGAGACGUUUACCGUGUUCUCGCUGGUCGCAUUUAUCGUGCUCUCCAGCACGUACGUGAUUUCCGCGCUGGGCGAUCCUGAUCGGAACAUCUUUCAGGCAUUAUUUUAUGUAAAGAGAUAUCAUCUGCCAUUGUUGUACUCGUGUGUAUCGUUUUUGGGAGUACUUUUACUAUUAGUUUGCACCCCGAUGGGUUUCGUAAGACUGUUCGGUGUGGUGGGCCAGGUUCUGGUGAAACCAAAUCUGCUGCGCGAUGUCAACGAGGAGUUCCAUGCGUUCAACAUCGAGGAAGCGACCGUGAAGCGUAAGCUGGCCAAUGUUAAUCUAAACAUAGAACUAAGAAACGUGACAACGAUCGACCUUACGCCAGCGAAGCUUUGCUCCGGGUUGGAUGAUUUGUAUCAAAUCAAGAACACCGACGACGGUACCACCAGAGAGUCGGCCAAAUUGUUCGAAAGACUGAGAGAAUUGGAGUCUGAGCGUAAAGUGCUAGAGAAGCAACGCAGCUCUUCGGCUCUCCAGAGGAAUCUGGUCUAUCCGAUAGCGAUGCUGCUGCUGCUCAUUCUCACCGGCAUCACCGUUUUGCUGGUUGUGCAAAAUACACUCGAGCUGCUGAUAGGCAUCAAGGCGGUACCGCUGAGCACAAGACAAUUUACUCUGGGUAUAACAUCACUCUCGAAGCUCGGGCCACUCGGUGCAACGCUCGAGGUUUGUAUCAUUACAUACCUCGGCGUUACGUCGGCGGUUGGGCUUUAUACGAUGCCGUUCAUGCGCAAUGUUCGACCACGACGACGCAAGACGUCCCUGACGCAGCUGAUAUUUAACUGUGGUCUCGUACUGAUACUCAGCUCAGCGCUUCCACUUCUAGCGCGCAUUCUAGGUAUUACAAACUUCGAUCUGCUGGGCGAUUUUGGCGAGAUCGAGUGGCUGGGCAACUUUAUGAUCGUACUACUGUACAACGUAGUGUUCGGAACGGCGGCCACGCUCUGCCUGUUCAACAAAUUCACCGCCACCGUGCGGCGUGAGCUGUGCGCCCGCCUCAGAGCGCUGUUUAACUACAGCAGCCAUUUCGAGUCCAGCAUUUAUCAGACUGCUGGCAAUCUGAACCAUCUGCAUCCCAACCAUCCUUCAUCAGCCGGCGUACAUCAUCAGCAGAGACAGGAACAACAGAACGGACAGGGCCCGCCAACAAUGACGGCGACGUACGUAGAGAAUCACAUCACAGUACCAACGGUUGCAUCCACCCAGCAGGACAAACAUUAUCAACCGUCGCUAACAAUCACGGGCGAAGAGUCCUCUUCGUUACAUCAUCGACAUCCGAUUAGCAUACCAGCCAUUAACGGUAUUGCGGUGGCAAGUACAGCCAAAGAUAGUGAAUCCGGACCCUGUCCUCCACUGCUCAUCGAGACCACCAAACCGAAGGAAGCGAAAAAGACACGAUGAAGCCAGAACGAGCACGGAAUGAAGAUUAUGUUAAGGUACAGAGAAUGACUCCACUAUUUUUUCAUCACGACGCGCCAUCCUUCAUCUAAGUGAAUAAUAAUUUAUCAAACCGAACAGAAGACACUCGCGACAAGAAAGGUACAUGUGUUGGUUUUGGAUGCUAUUGAAUAAUAAUGUUUGAAUAUAUCACACCUGAAUCCAGGGUAGAAAGAACAUAUCACGUAGAGAAGAGCCAUGGAAUUGAAAGGUAAAAGGGUAUGAUGAAUCUGCACCGACGGCUUUCGAUGGAUGCAGGUUAAAAAUAAUACUUUCGCGUGAUUUCCCAGUGACCUAACACCUCCUUGUAUGCACUUGAUAUACACCCAAAAGGAGACACAGGUACUCUCGUGGUAAGAUGUUGCGGAGCAGGUACUUAUUCUCGACGAAGUAUUAGAACGAGUACCACCGGAGUCGGAUCAUCGCUGGAUUUGGUAAGAAACAACGAAGGGUAUUGAACUUGCCACCUCAGACUUGCUCCUAUCUUGCUUUCACAGACUUUGCUUCGAAAGAAAUGAGAAACAGGAACCAGCAUCUUCUUGCGCCGCUACCACUAGGAUGGAUAUGCAUAUUGAAAUAUUCAAAUUCAAACAACGAAUCUAAAUGCACCGCAGUGUCACCGUGCACUGGAAAUAGCGGAAUAAUGUGACUUCCAAAUUGAAACAAUAUCCGA